AUGUCUUCUAAAUUCUAUCCAGAAAGUUUUCUUUCGGCACGAGCCAAGGAGCUUUUCUACUCUUGUGGAAAAAUCAGAGAUUCUCCAAAUGAUUUUAAUUGCCCUUGUGUAACUUGUGAUGGAUUUAUUGACAUGGAACACGUUGGUUAUCAUCUUGAGGAUUUUGUCGAAAAGGGGAAUUAUCUCUCUGCUAUUGAAUCCAUCGCCCACACCAUGCAACUCUGCCAGAAAAACUUCUAUAUUGAUGCCUUUCACUGCAAUCCCUAUUGUCUUAAGUGGCUCAAUAUGCCUCUUCACUUUGUCCGACUUCGAAAUAAUUCUAAAAAACAUGAUUCUAUUGAUCGACUUCUUGCUACGCUUCAAGUGAUUUCAAUGCUGGAAUUUUCCAUUACUCAUCUUCUAAUUGAUGAAAAUGGCCGCUCACCUAACCACUUUAAUGCCGCACUAGAGGAUAAGCGUUUGGAAGAGUUUAUCAAUCCUCCCACACGCUCUGUUCUUAAAAUUCUUUUUGGUCCUGUGAACUCUCUAAAUUUGAGAAAUAUCUUUUGGCAUGGUUUUGUAUCUCCCCACGACAUGGAGACGCUUGUCCCUGAAUGUAUUCUCUAUUUCCUCUUCGCACUUGUUAUAGCGAUUGAUGAACAACUAACCGCGGCUAUAAUUCCUCAUUCGAUCAGAGAAUCGCAGCUCUCGCAGUGUUUCAAGAUCCUAACGGAGGAAAUUUUAAUCCAAGAUAGAUACUCACCAACUCUUAAAGAACCUGAAGGUAUCAAUGCAGUUUUCUUGAAAUCCUUUGGUGAAUUAUUCAUUAAACGACGAUAUUUUGAUGCCAGUUGUAUUGGAGUUCUUUGCAUCAACUCGGUUCUUCGGAACGAAUUUUGUAAGGCAAUCGAUUGGCCUGCGGGUGUCUUAACUUCAGAAGAUAGAUUCUUCUUAACUUUGAGUGGGAUUCUCAAAAUGCAGUUAUAUAAAUCCAAUCACCAACCGGUUACACUUGAAGAUUGGCAGCGCUUUGAGCAACAGGUUGGCUCAGUCAACUUACUUCUUCUUGGGAGUAUAUUUACUGCGAACAAUGGACCCAAAUUAAGAAAACAUAUUGCCCAUGGAGAGCUGUUUGAGACUUCAAUUACUGACUCCGCCAUGUGGGAGGGAAUAGCUAGACGUUUGAAGUUCUGUCUGUUUCUCCUCCUGAAUUACAUGAGAUCUGGUAGUACAUCCUUGGUUUUACGAGAUCUUGAUGUACGACCGGAUGCUUUCAAUCCUCUAGCUAGAUAUGCAACAACUGCGUGUGGACUGUGGACUACGUGGGCUACAUUGUAUCGCGUAUAUUCAGAAUUAAAUGUUGUUCAUCCUACUAGAUCAGCGUAUUAUGUUGCAGCUCGCAAGUGGUUCCCUCAACUGCCUGACCUCGACAAGAUCAAUCUUCAUUCUGUCGACGAAGCAGCUGAAUUCCUGCCUUCAGUUGAUAUCUCUCGAUUAUGGAUAUGGAAGGCUCAUUACUUUAUGAAAUUCAAAGAUCUCUCGGCUGAAAAUCAAAGCCUCUCCGAAUGUCGAUACGAGGAUAAACGCAAUCCCUUUAAAACUGUCCAGUGGUUAACCCGAGUUAUUCAAGAUUUGGACAAGUGUCUCAAGGAAUAUUUUGAUCAUUACUUAGCGUACAGUAAUGAGGAUAGGUACCUGGUCAAGGCGAAGAAGGCUGAAGUUAUGGACCGCUUCUGUGGAUUAAUUUUUCCGGAAUUGUUGGCUGUAGCGUCGAUUCCCGUGUUGUGUUGUUGCUAUAAGGAAUGCAUUUGGAAGACUUGGUUUUCAGGAGCCUUUAUCGCUAGUGAAUGUGAUGACAUCGGAGACUCGGCUAUUCCCAAGGAGGGCCAUGUUCUUAUAAAUAGUUUUGCCACUUGGGAAUCGAAAAUUACAUCGGUUUCGAAGACUUUUGAAAUUGAUCGGAUUCAAAAGGCUCUGAGAUCUCUGUGGAUUCCUUAUCCAGAAUCGCAGGAGGACUAA